ACGAAAGGAUUUUUUUAUUAAAUUUUUUAACCAGAAUUUAUGAUAAUUUUUUAAGUGCUUUCCUGUGAAUGUGAAAAAUUUAAAAAAAAAGUGGGUUAAAAACCGUGAAAUGUUCCAAUAUCGAAGAAAAAUGUGAAAAGGGGCAUAAAAAGUGUUCAAGAUGCACCGCUACUUCAUCUAUAAAUAAAAAAACUCAGUGAAGAGUAAAUAGUGAGCGAAAGAGACUGUUUGUCUAUAAAAAUUGCAAACAACAAAAAAGUGAAGGACUUUCAAAUGUGAUUAAAAAUGGCGAUACAAAACUCAAAAGUGGAAAAAACAAAAAUGAAAAAUGUUGAAGUGAAUCAACAAACGUAUAAAUAAUAAUAAAGUAAUAAAAUUCAGCAACAACAAUUUGGUGGCGCGCGCGUACGAAUUGAAGCGGAUUGGAAACAACAACAACAAAAAAAAAAUCUACAACCCAAAAGCAAAACAUGAUAGAUAUUGUGCUGCUGCCUAUCUUGCGCUGUGAUAAAUAUUUUAAUAAAUUUUUAAUUCAUUUUAUUAUUAUCAGUGUGACUGUUUUAGUGAUAAGUACUGCAUUGCCACCCGUCAUUAAAAUCGGAGCAAUUUUUAGCGAAGAACAAAAAGAUAGUAGUAUCGAAGUAGCGUUUAAGUAUGCCGUAUACAAAAUUAACAAAGACAAGAAUAUUCUGCCGAAAACCACGCUGGUGUAUGAUAUUCAGUAUGUGCCAAAAGAUGAUUCAUUUAGAUCGUCGAAAAAAGCUUGUUUACAAGUUGAAUUUGGAAUCCAAGCGAUAUUUGGACCGAAUGAUCCGUUGUUGGGAAGUCACAUCCAAUCAAUAUGCGAGGCUCUAGACAUCCCUCACAUUGAAGCACGCCUUGACUUUGACACAACGCCAAAAGAAUUUUCUAUUAAUCUACAUCCGGCUCAAAAAUUCAUGAACAACGCUUACAAAGACUUAAUUAUAUAUCUCAAUUGGACCAAAGUAGCAAUAAUAUACGAGGAUGACUUCGGUCUGUUCAAGCAGCAGGAAUUAAUGAAGUCAGCGUCACAAACGCGCGCCGAAAUGUACAUACGACAAGCGGUACCGGAGACCUACCGUCAAGUACUCAAGGAGAUACGGCAGAAGGAAAUUUACAAAUUAAUUAUCGAUACGAAGCCGGAGCACAUUCAAAAGUUAUUCAGAGCGAUUCUUCAGUUGCAGAUGAACGACUAUCGAUACCAUUACAUGUUUACGACUUUUGACAUCGAGACAUUUGACUUGGAAGACUUCAAGUAUAAUAAUGUGAAUAUAACGGCAUUCCGCUUGGUUGACAUCCAAAAUCCGAGCGUGGCGGAUGUCGUGGAGCAAAUGAAGAAAUUUCAACCGAAUGGACAAGCUGGCUCAGAUGUGGGAUUACAAAUAUUGCAGACUGAGCCAGCUUUAAUGUACGACAGCGUUGCCCUCUUUGCUGCUGGCCUCCAAUCGCUGGAUCGCAGUCACAAACUGAAGCCCGUAAAUUUGUCGUGCGAACAGGAAACACCAUGGGAAGACGGCACAUCCUUGUACAAUUACUUGAACUCGGCAACCAUUAACGGUCUCACUGGGCGCAUCGAGUUCGAGGAAGGGAAACGUAACAACUUUAAAAUUGAUUUGCUCAAGCUGAAAAAGGAGAAUUUGGUCAAAGUGGGCGAAUGGACGUCGAACGAUGGCAUCAACAUCACCGAUCCGCAGGCAUUUUACGAAACCACAGUCACAAAUAUCACGUUGAUUGUGAUGACACGAGAGGAAGUACCGUAUGUGAUGGUGAAAGAAGACAAGAAUCUGACGGGAAAUGCACGCUUUGAAGGUUUCUGCAUCGAUUUGCUUCACGGUAUUGCGAAACAAAUUGGCUUUCAAUAUACAAUCAAGCUUGUGCCGGAUCGGAUGUAUGGCGUGUUUGAUCCAGAGACGAAACAAUGGAAUGGUAUUGUGCGGGAAUUGAUUGAAAGGCGAGCUGAUUUAGCAGUCGCUUCCAUGACAAUCAACUACGCCCGAGAAAGCGUCAUCGACUUCACGAAGCCCUUCAUGAAUUUAGGUAUCGGCAUCCUGUUCAAGGUACCAACAAGUCAUCCCACGCGAUUGUUCUCCUUUAUGAAUCCUCUCGCAGCGGAAAUAUGGUUAUACGUAUUGGCAGCUUACCUCCUCGUGUCAUUUACAUUAUUUGUGAUGGCCAGAUUUUCGCCGUACGAAUGGAAUAAUCCCCAUCCGUGUCACCGAGAAUCGGAUAUUGUGGAAAAUCAAUUUUCUAUCUCGAAUAGCUUCUGGUUCAUUACGGGAACAUUUUUGCGACAGGGAUCCGGAUUAAAUCCAAAAGCAACAAGUACUCGGAUUGUCGGCGGCAUUUGGUGGUUCUUCACGUUAAUCAUCAUUUCCUCAUACACGGCGAACUUGGCAGCCUUCUUGACAGUUGAGCGGAUGAUUACUCCGAUAGAGAAUGCAGCGGAUUUGGCAGAUCAGACAGAAAUUGUGUACGGGACGCUAUCCGGGGGAUCAACAAUGACCUUUUUCCGGGAUUCCAAAAUUGGCAUUUAUCAGAAAAUGUGGCGAUUUAUGGAGAGCCGGAAGCCAUCAGUGUUUGUCCAGACCUAUGAAGAAGGCAUCAGGAGAGUUCUUGAUGGAAAUUACGCAUUUUUGAUGGAAUCUACGAUGCUUGACUACGCCGUUCAACGCGAUUGUAACUUAACCCAAAUCGGAGGUCCCUUAGACUCAAAAGGUUAUGGAAUUGCAACCAGUAAAGGAAGUCUCUGGCGUGAUAAAAUCUCAUUAGCAAUUUUAGAGCUUCAAGAAAAAGGCACCAUCCAAAUCCUGUACGACAAAUAUUGGAAAAAUACGGGCGACGUGUGUAAUCGCGACGAUAAAAGCAAGGAAAAUAAAGCAAACGCCCUCGGAGUCGACAAUAUCGGCGGCGUUUUUGUCGUUUUACUGUGCGGACUUGCAUUUGCGAUUCUCGUUGCCAUUCUCGAGUUUUGCUGGAACUCGAAGAAAAAUGCUCAAACUGAACGACAAUCCCUCUGUUCGGAAAUGGCGAAUGAAUUACGUUUCGCUGUCAAGUGUCACGGAUCCAGACAACGUCCGGCGCUGAAACGAAGUUGCGCGAAAUGCAAUCCAUCGACAACUUACGUGCCAGGCACUUUAUCGCAUCUGAACGGCGAAAUUUUCCAAGAAAUGCAAAUGGUCGACCUGAAAAAGUACGGAAACGACACUUAGCGUUUUUCACCGCCGAUCCAUCGAAGUCAUCAGGGCGACUCGAGUGCGAUCGGCGGUAAUUUUUACGCAUCACAACGACGCCAAAUGAUUGUCUCGUCGAACAUCAAUCAUCAGCAGCAACAACAACGCAUGAUGCCCCAUACGUGCGGCACGUUACCAAUGAACUUUCAGCUCAGCAAAUUCGGCACGAAUAACUCGUGUUCGCGUCUCGACAGCUACGACGACGAUUUAACCGAUCUUUCGGCGAAUGUCGCACGCGAAAAAUCCAGUUUUCGCAUGAAAUCCUUCGGAUCGACCAAUUCCAUAUCACGAUAUCGACAUCAUCCGACAGCAGCGACGUCGCAUAAUAACUCCAACACCGCCGCGCUAAGUGCGAGUCAACAUCUACUGCCGAGCACUGUGACAAUUACCACCAAAGUUAGCUGAAAAGUACGAUUUAGAGACCAAUUGUGUUAAUGAAGACGUAUGAAAAAUUAGUCCUUAAGAAAUUUUCUUUUAAUUUCAUCCUUUUUCAAAAAAUUCUUUUCCUAAAAAGAGAAAAAAUCAAUAAUAUUGUAUAGAAAUCUAUAAAAAAAAAACAUUUUAUACUAAAAAAAUCAUUGAAAUUAUUCCUAUUUAUGUCGUACAAAAAAAAAUCCAAGAUAUAAUCAAAUUUCUUUCAUUUUUCUAAGCGUAGUUAGUAACAAAAGACAUGAAAAAAUUAAUAAAAUCACCGUUUUUAGACAAUGAUUGUUACAUAAACUUAAAAAUAAAUUAAAAUAAAAAUUUAGGAGUAAGGGACACGCGUAAGUUGACUGUUGUAACUAAUUAAGGAAUCAGAGAGAAAAACAUCGAAACAAAAAGGCCACCUUUUGAUUUAAAUUUGUAAAUGUGUUUAAUACUGAUCGUUG